UCACCAAUUAUGACGUCUGCCCACUUUUAAAUUACUGGGUAUAUAACAGAUUAAAUAUGUUUUUGAGUUCUUAUGAUCCUUCUUAUAUUAAAGAAACAUUUGGGAAUAUUGUUCAAAUAUGGUAUAAAUUCCUUGAAGAAACGUUGAGCAAACCUGAUGAUGAAACGUGUAAACCUAAUUAUCUUAUUGUUGUUCAAGAUGACUGGAGAUAUAGAAAGGAAUUGUAUGAAUACUAUGUAAAUUAUUCUCCACUUAGGUUAAUCGUUAAUAGCUAUCCAGAUACGUGCAUAAAAUUUUAUAAGUACGUAGAAAGCAAAAAAGAACUAUACAAAUAUUUUAAGAAACGUUGUCGUUCUAGUGAUGAAAAUAUAUGCCCAAAUUUUUUUGCCAAAUGUUUACAAUACGAUCCAGAAGAAGUACUAUCUACUCUUAGUUGUCAUGAAAACAUAAUGAAAGAAAGAGCUGCCGCUGCGCCUAGUGCUCUACAAAGAGUAAACGCACCUUCAGAUAGUGAACCCAACUCAGAUGUUUCAGACGGUCGUAAGAUGCCUGACGAUGCUCCCAUUUUAAGUGGAAAUCCUCACACUGUAACAAAGCUUGGCAAUGUUCUUCUUGGAGUAGUUGCAACUUCUAUGACAUCUGGCGCUUUAUAUAGAUUUACACCCUUAGGAGGCAUGAUACGCAAUGGACUUGGAUGGAAUAAUAAUAAUAUGAGAAAUUUUAAUGGAGAAGACAUUAGAUUAUACGAUUAUGCAUCAGAACCAUUUAAUCCAUAUCCAGGGGAAGAACAUUAUAUUGGAUACCAUCCUGUGUAAUGUUUUUAAUGCAAAACAAUUAAUAACAUCAAUUUAAUAAAACACCUAUCAUCAAGCCGAAUUUUUUCUAUGUAAAAACAAUUAUUUUGAUACAUGGAAACAUAAAUAGAACGUACAUAUGCAUUAAUGGGGAUGAAAUCAAAAUAUACAUACAAAAGCAAUAUUGAGAAAAAAAAGAAAAUAACUAUUAAGAUGAAUAAACUAAUUAAAAAUAUAAUAAAUUUAUUUUCAAUCCUUAGAAACGACACAUUUAUUUCUUUUUUUCUCCAUAAAACACUACAUAAUGAAUUUCAUUAUAGCCAUAAAUAAUGUAAUGUAUUAAAAAUU